AUGGCAGAUCUCAAGAUUACUGAAAAGACAACGUUGGCCUACCAGAAGUUCAUGGCGGAGGCUGACAAGCAUGUGCAGAAGAUGCGACAAAGUUGGCAAAUGGAGGAAUUCCACGAGAAGUGUCGAAAUGAGUACGAGAAGCUCUUCGGCCGGGUCGGCCUUCGACCUCUGGAGAACAUCCGAGGUGGCAAGCCGAAGCCGCGGUACCUGAUAGAUCGCGAUGAGGUUUGGGUCAUCUACAAGCCGCCCCUGUGGCAGAUGGGGGGCUCACCGGACACCUGGAAUCCACAGUUGAGGAAAGAGUUCCUCCCAUGCAAAACGAAGCAGGAAGCAUUGCAAAAGAUUUGGGAACACAAGAAAAGCUGCUUACAGAUGUGGCACGGACUGGCCUGUGGCACCCAAUGGGUCGGAGAAGAUGAUGGCAAAAUCGACCCACAGGCCCGGCAGAUCAAAGAUUGGGGAUUUAUCCAGCGCUUGGACCUUGAGACAGAUGGGCCAGUCAUCGUUGCCAAGACGUGGAGGGCGCAACGAUUCCUGCAGGUUCAGCUGAAGGAGCACAUCUUCAGCAAGGCCUAUAUCUGCCUCGUCCACGGAAAGGUCGAGAACCGAACUCAGUACGUAGAGGCCAAGUUUGCAGAGCUUGGUGGUGGAAGAGAAUCGGCAAUCAUGGUGAAACACGACAAAGUUCACGAUCCCUUCUUCACCAAGCAGCAGCAAGGCUGGUGGAAAGGCCGAGACGUGAGGAUGGCCAAGACCUUCUUCAAGCCCCUUGCGUACUACCGAAAAGAGUCCGACGGUUCGGAGUAUUCUUUGGUCUACGUCAACAUCCUCAGCGGAAUCACCCAUCAGGUCCGCAUCACGAUGAGAAGUGUUGGGCAUCCCUUGGUCUCCGAUGACCGCUACCUUCCAACGAACGUUGCCGUAGAAGAUGCCGACUGGUGCCCCAGAAACUUCCUGGUGGAAGUGCGAUCGGACUGGUUCGACAUGUGUGGGCCGUAUCCAGACCGGAAGCGAAGGGCAUUCACCAGGAUCUCCGUAGAGAACCCUCUGCCAAAGCUUUUCCAAGAUGUCUUGGAAAAGAAGCUGAAGCUCACGGAGAAGCUGGACGCCGAAGCGGACCUUUUCUUGGGCUGCAAGUACUGGGCAUUGGGUGACGAGAUGCUUAUGGCAGACUUCCCCAAGGAUGCCGAGUAUCGCAAGAAGGUCAUGCGUUGGGGCAUUCGUCGAAAAAUUCAUCUUGAUGCUCUCGAUCGGAUGCUCCUUCUCAGCCGCGAGGAGAUCGACCGCAUCAUGACGGAGUACAAGCCCCCAGCGGAAGACGAGGCAAUCUGGGUGUGCCCCCUCUGCAUGAGCUUGAACCAGAAGGACAACUGGAACGACGGGUACCAUUGCAAGGGCUAUGUUGGGCAGAGUUGUCAUGGCACGUUGAAGAUGUCCGAGGACACAAAGCUGCCUCAUGGGUGGAGGGACUACCUCGCCGACCCGACUUUGCACAUGCUGAAGAAGGUGAACCUGGCCUGGCUGGAGGCCCGCAAGCACGCAAUCCAGAAGCGGCGUGCUGUUUGGUCCAAACCCCCCGAGGAGGAAGACGGAGAAGAACCCAGUCGCGAGCUAAUUGAAAAGCUUCAUGAGGUGCUCUACAAGGAUGCUGAAUCUGGCGGCUAUGGAAUCGAGCAGAAGGACCUUGCGCAGAAGGUGAAGGGUUUCGAGACGCUCCGAAUGCCCGUGAAGCUGCCGAAGGACUGUGAGGUUCGAAGAGUGCGGCUGCCUGGGCGUGGCAUCGGCUCGGCGUGGACAUACACACUGUCGGGCAAGGAACGGCUGAAGGCGGCCUCCAACUUUAGCUGCCAUCCCAAGUUCCUGAAAAAGCCAAUCCUCGUUGAAACUGACCGGUUUCCGCAGAAGAACGUCGCCCCCAAGGAAGAAGUUGAGGAGGUUGUUGAGGAGCCUUUGCCGGUGCCGCUGGAGUCCCGCAAGCACAAGAGAUCGGAAGACAAUGACUGGCAAGCAAGGCAGUGGGGCAGCGAUGCCGAAUCCAGGAAGCGAAAAGACAGAAGCGAGGCGCCAGAGGCCGCUACUGCCUACACGCCGCGAGAAGGACGACCUCGCAAAUGGCAGAGGAUUAUGAGGAGCGAUCGGACGGCCUACUACCUGGACGUAGACACCGGUGAGAUGCAAGACAACAUGCCGGCGGACUACCAGGAGCAACCACCUGUUUGGGAGCGCGUCGUUUCCAGAUCCAAUUCAAAUCAUGUCUACUACCACAACACAGACACAGGGGAGACACGCGUCGAACGUCCCGAGGGCGUCAAAAUCAAGAAUGAUGCUGAGGUGCGAUCCGCAGCCGCCGCAGCCCCUGCCUCCAGGCCGGCCGAGAAGGACGAAGAAGGCAUUCCAUGGGAACGUCACGAGGCAAAGUCGAAGCCAGGCUUCUUCUACUACUUCAACCCGCUGGACGGCACGCAGGAGAUCAAGCCGCCCGUCGUCAAAGCUCCGUGGCAGCUCCUGCGGUCCAAGUCGAUGUCAGGCCAGUACUAUUAUUUCAACCAGGUUACCGGCGAGAGCACAGAGAUACCCCCACGGUGUGCCCUGCCUCAGAAGGCCAUGCCUGGUCAACUGAGUCAACCUUCGCCUGCAAGGUCUACGGCUUCGGCCCCCCUGGAAAGCUCUCCAGCUGGCAGGCCUGGUGCUCUCGCAAGACCCAGCUCCAAGCCAAAUGUGGCCACCAGCCAGGAUGACCCGCUCCCGGACGGCUGGGAGCGUCUUCCAUCUACGCACUACAAAGACAAGUUCUACUACAGAAAGAUCGGCACCGAGGAGACGCAGUGGGAGAGACCCACAGUACCGCAUCCACCACGAGCUGACGGUCGGGAAUGGGAGAGAAGGGCAUCGACAAGCCAACCAGGCAAGUUUUACUGGUUCAACGCCCGCACCAACCAGACGCUCUGGGACGAGGGCUGA